AUGGGGAGUCAGACGGUGCUCGCAAACUACCAACUGGCGGACUUACUGGGAAAGGGCGCGUCGGGGCAGGUCUAUCGGGCUCUCAAUUGGACGACGGGAGAGACUGUCGCUGUCAAGCAAAUCUCGUUAGCCAAUAUCCCUAAGACGGAACUCUCUGAUAUCAUGUUUGAGAUCGAUUUGCUGAAAAACCUACAUCAUCCGAAUAUUGUGCAGUACAAAGGAUUCGUCAAAACACGAGAGUUUCUCUACAUCAUUCUUGAGUACUGCGAAAAUGGUUCCUUGCACAACUUUCUGAAGAAGUUUGGGAAAUUCCCUGAAAACCUCGUAGCGGUGUACAUCUCCCAAGUCCUGGAGGGACUCGUCUACCUCCACGAGCAGGGUGUGAUUCAUAGGGAUAUCAAGAGCGCGAACAUCUUGACGAAUAAGGAUGGAAAGGUCAUGUUAGCGGACUUCGGUGUCGCUGCCGUUGGAAAUCAGGAGAAUCGCGCUGCGGUAGUCGGGUCACCAUAUUGGAUGGCGCCGGAGGUCAUUGAGCAGUUAGGUGCAACCACUGCCUCGGAUAUCUGGUCGGUGGGCUCCGUCGUGGUCGAACUUCUCGAAGGCAAACCGCCGUACUAUCAUCUUUCACCAAUGCCGGCCAUGUUUCGCAUAGUACAAGAUGACUGUCCGCCAAUCCCCGAGGGCAUCUCUCCCAUUGUCAAAGACUUUCUUUACCAUUGCUUCCAGAAGGACCCAAAUCUCCGCAUUUCAGCAAAGAAAUUACUUCGCCAUCCAUGGAUGAUGGCAGCUACGAAGAAGCGGGAGAGUGAGCGACAAGGAGAGGGUGGAUUUGAAGAUGCGGUGCAGAAGGUACAGGAGUGGAAUGAAGCGCUCAAAUCUCCGCCACGAAACACAAACCUAACAUCGGGACGCCGCAUAUCUCGCAUUAUCGAGAGCAAGCGAGCAGACUCUCCAACUCCUUUCAAAGACCGAAGGGGUUCCAAGGUUUCUCCUCACGCGAGUGAUUCGCCCACUCAAGCCCUCAAGGUCGGUUCUCCUGCUCAUCCUAUAACGAUGGAGAAGUUGCGCGAUCCGCCUGCGCUUCAGUCACCGGAAGAGCAAACAGACAACUGGGACGAUGAUUUUGAGGAGGAUAUCCCCCCGGCUAAACUUCAUGCACUGGAUAAAGUCGCCGAUCCCUCCAAAGCUCUCAUCCAGUCUCCUAUCAAGCAACCUAUUGUUGAAUCCCGUCAUCCGGACGAUGACGCGACUAUCAAACAUACGCGCAAUCCAGACGAUGAUCAGACGAUUCGGCCAAACCGUUCUCCAUCUGGAUUUGCAUCGCCUGCCCUUUCUCCAUCCCCCCCAUCGCCCCUAACACCUACCACUGCUCCAGCCAAGCUGGGGCCGAUUGACGAGGACUACUCGGAUCUUGUGGUAGAAGACGAGGACGAGGUAAACCUCAUGCAGAAGGUGGCCAAACUUCGCAUUACAAAUGGCAAGGGCAAGCUUAUGUGGCCAGAAGAUAUCAAGACGGUGGGCCUCGACGGCGGGUUAGCUGCAAAGACAGCGCCGUUGUUGAGCAGAUCGGUCCGGCCGAGCAUCUCCCCACUUGCGGAUGCAUUCGAGUCCCCAAAUAUCGUCAGGAGCAAGAGCUUCUCUGCGGGUUCGAUGAGUUUAGGCAGGGCAACGGGACUGAAGAGCCAGUCAAGUAGGGAGCUACAGAAGUACUCGGAGAGCGAGGAUGAGGAUUAUGAUGAUGUUUUCGGCAAGCCCGGCAACGCCAAUGCUGCUGGUGAGACUCUGAAGUUGAACACGCGGCUUUCGAACAGGUCUUGGUUAGGUGAUCAGGAUGAGGACGAGGACGACCCUUUCGCGGAAAUUGAUGAGAGCUUUGACGAGGUCGAUCUUGAGUCCAACCUCAUUCGCGACAAAUAUGCCCGUCUAUGCGCGCAAGUGAAUCAAUUGAUCGACGAACUCAUUCCUACUGCAACGGAGAAGAAGUUGCGAGAGGCCCUUGAUCAGUUGCUCGCUAUCACGGAGGAGACACCGGAGCUUCAGAUGCAAGUUGUCUCAGCACAUGGAAUGCUUGCUAUGCUGGAGGUUCUAGAGUCCAAUCCUUCAAGAGAUGUGGUACGACGGCUGUUGCAUCUCAUCAAUACACUGGUGACAUGCGACAUGGGCAUUCUGGAGAGUUUCUGCUUAAUUGGUGGAAUACCUGUCGUCAUGUCGUUCACGUCUAAGAAAUUCUCUACUGAAUGCCGGGUUGAGGCAUCGAACUUCGUGCGGUCGCUUUGUACAUCAUCGCCCAUGACAUUGCAAAUGUUUAUCUCCUGCCGCGGUCUCAAGGUUCUUGUUGACAUCCUCGAUGAAGACUUUUCCGAACAGCAGGAUCUCGUAGUGCAUGCCUUGAACGGUGUACGAAGCGUCUUCGAAUUGCAGAGCCCAACGCCCAAAAAUGACUUCUGCCGCAUGUUCAUUCGGGAAGGGUUGCUGGACCCUCUGACUUCGGCGCUCUUGAACAUCAUGAACGCGGAAGGCGAAGUGCCGAGCGACAUGAAAGACAAGAUAUUGAAUGUAAUUUUAAUCUUCUGCCAAGCUUCGCAGUCGGAUGCGCAUGUUCGCCAGGCACUCGGAACGAGAACCAUCAUUAGACGUCUUUUGCGGGCAGCAGAGCAAGUAGAUGCCACACAUGUUGUCACAGUGGUGAAGUCGAUUCGGCAUCUGUCCAUGAGUCCGCAACUAUUGGAUGUGUUGCAAAAUGCCAACACAAUAGAAGUAUUAAUAAACAUCCUGGGUGGACAUAGUAAAGCUGGGGGAAGCACCGAAAUCGAAAACCAUAUCUUCCAAACUUGUUUUAAUCUUUGUCGCUUGAACAAGUCACGGCAAGAAGAGGCAGCAUCUGCUGGCAUCAUUCCUCACCUUAAGCGCGUUGCCAAAUCCAACUCGCCGCUGAAGCAAUUCGCCCUGCCUAUCCUUUGUGACCUUGCCAGCGCAGGGAAGAGUUGUCGCAAGCUCCUUUGGCAAUACGACGGCUUACGGACGUACCUCAGUCUUCUCAAGGAUCCUUAUUUCCAAGUUACAGCUCUGGAGGCUAUUUUGUCUUGGCUGCAAGAUGAGACCGCUCGCGUGGAGGACGUACUCAUUCAUGGCAGCAACAUCGAUCUACUGCUGCAAACCUUCCUCACUGCGAAAGCGAAUUAUUUCGAAAAUCUCUUAGAUCCGUUCCUGAAGGUCAUGCGAUUAUCUUCGGUUGUCACCCUCGGCCUCUCCAAAGGACCGCUUUUUGUCAGACUUCUUGACAAGCUGUCCCAUGGUCGGCCAGUUGUUCGUAUCAGCCUUCUCAGGAUUCUCCGAGUUGCGUGCGAAGUGCAACCCGAGAAGGCUAAGAAAGACCUCGUGGACCGCUACAAGAUCUGGGAUGCUGUCGACAAGCUCAGCCGGGCCGACCCCGCCGUUCUGGUUCGUGAGCUGGCACGCGAAAUCCUUCCCAUUCUCCGCCCAGUAUCACCAGCCACCGAACCACAUGUGAACGGCAAAGCCGCCGUCUCAAGAGGGAAGAGUGUUCGAAGAGUUGCAAGCUCCGCAAACCUGUCGGCCUCUGUCGCCUCCAAUGGUUCGACUGAUGCACACUCCCAAAUACCCCCUGUGCCUCCACUGCCCAAACCGCGUAUUCGAAAGGCCCAGGGCCGGAAUGCCCUACCAUGGCGGGCGUAA